AUGAGAUCCGACGGCGUGGUGAGCCGAAGGAUCACUGAUGCGUCCACGAGUAAUCCUCGUGGACCUGCACGAUACUGUCCCAUUAAUCAGAUUUCUCUUUUCAAGGAAACGAUGGCCGGCCGGAUGGAACCAGUUGAAGUAGCGUGUGCAGUGCUCGAUGAAUGUGCUCGUUCCGCGAUCUACGAGGACGAUUUGAUGGCCGAAAAAAAAAGCGAUUCGAAAGGAACAUUGCAUUUGAGAGGACAUGAGAAUGAAUUGACGACAGUUGAUCCGAAACUGAAUAUUUAUCACAACUGUAACGAUGAACGGAAGGUGAAACACUUCCCUGUUUUCACGUACUGA